CGAGCUUCAUCGCGAGAUGGGUUCGAAUGGCGGUGUUCGAGAAGAAAAUGCAAUGGCAUGGGAUCAAUGCGCCAGAACUCAUGGUUUUCUGGAAGCAGGCUGUCCAUUGAAAAAGUAUUAGCCCUAAUGUACGUUUGGGCGCACAAAGUUACCACUACUCAAGCAGUACACAAGACCUCACUAGAUGACGAAUCCACGUCAACAGAAACGGUGAUAGAUUGGUAUAACUAUUGCCGAGAGGUUUGUGCCAACAGAAUCAUGAAUCAUUAUGCAGGGCAAAUAGGCGGACCAGGUACGACUGUUGAGAUUGACGAGUCCAAGUUUGGCAAAACGAAGUACAACCGCGGUCGCUACAUCGAAGGACAGUGGGUCUUUGGCGGCAUCUGCCGCGAGACCAAGACCUUCUUUCUUGUUCCAGUAGCGCAAAGGGAUAAAGACACACUCUUACCCAUUAUACGCGCCCACAUAAGUAGUAAUGGAUGCUUAUAUGGACGGUAACCAAUCAGGAGCCGAGAAAGACAAUAGGCGCUAUUUUAUUUUUAGCCAAUCCGGAGCCGAAUUGAGAAUUCAAGAUGGCCGCGCCCACGAAAGUCGGCCAUGUAAAAAAAAUUCAAUUAAAAUACUUCAAGUGGAAAUAAAUUGCUAAAUUGUUAUAAACAAAACAAAGAGUCUGAGUCUUUAUAACGUUUAUUGAAUAAUAACUCUAAAGGGAGAAUUGAUUAUAAUUUUAAGUCUUGACCGUCGGUAUUCCACAAAGUUUUGGGAACUAGACUCGUUUCCAGUUUCACAGAGUCUUGGUCCGUGGCCCCAAAACGCACGAUAUUCUGCCCUAGUUUUCUUUCCUUUUGGUCAUGAAGUCUUUGCCUGAUCCGUUCCUUAUUCUUGGCAUAAUAAAUUCUCCAAUAUUCGUUGAUCCGUUCCCUGUUGCUUUUACAGUGUUGUCUUCGGUAAUUUCUGAUGUGCUCCUUGUUCUGCUGACAAUAGGAUCUCUGUCUGCUGGCGAGCCGUUCCUUGUUGUUUUCAUACCAUCUUUUACGACCGGUUUUGAGAAUUACGACGUUCUCUGCACGAUAUCUCUUUUGUUGGGCCAGGAUUUGCUCUCUGUUCCUUGCAUAAUAUUUGCUGUGGUAGGCCUUUUUACAGACGACCUUCUGGUCAUUCCCUGACAGUUGAUUGGAGCAAUUCAUCUUGCAAGUGUGGCGUGUUACAAAUUAUGACCAAAACCCUGGAGUCACAUGGCUUAUUCAGGUCUCUUCUUUUACUUCCUCUUCAUCAUCGUCAGGGAGUAACUUCUUUUUCAUUAGUCUGCUUAACAGGAAUUUCCGUUUUGCCACUGCCGACUCGGCAGCUUCAUCAAAAUCCAUGUUGUCUUCCUCAAUAAAGUGUCGAAGAGUCUUCAUGACUUUACGGUGUAUUGUGUCGUGUUUGAUACGGUGAGUCCAUUUUAGACGCUCUAAGUAAGUCCUUCGUAGCCUUCUUCUAGUUACAGGUAACAGGGCAUUGAAAGCAGCGUUUUCAGCAUAGUUUUGGGAUUUUUUCUUCUCCAGGAACUGCUGGACUUCUUUCAGGUAGGUUUCUUUGAGAUCUUCCCGACAUUUUGACGUAACGGACUCCACGGAUCCGGUUCAUCGUCGUCCGCUUCUUCUUCCUCUUCGGAGCUGCUACUAUCCUUCUCUUCUUUCUGUUCCUCUUCAGGCUCCUCUUCUUCUACCUCCUCUUCCUCUUCUACAUUUUCAUCGUUAUCUUCUAUGGGGCCAAAAAUAUCUGUUGAAUGAUCAUCCAUGAUUCCCGUCGACCUUCAACAAGAGAGCGUACUUCAAAUGAGCCGAGUCGAUUAAACUGAUAUUUAAUAUACCAUUUUGGUCAAGGAUCAAACAUCCUCUCUUUCUUCGAUGCCAGCGCGGGUAUCCUUCAUGCGUCAGGAGGUGACUAAAUUUGCGCUUCCUGUCAUCACUGGCGGGAUGUAAAUCCAGGACCAUGUACCCAAAUGGUCGUUUGGUCACUUUUUGAAACACGUCUACCAUGUCUUGCCAGCAAGUGGAAAAGCUUGAAGCGGUAAAUUCUUCAUCCCUAAUUGAUCUCUUGGAUUUUUGAAGGCUACGAUAUAGUGGGCAUUCCUGGAAAUACUCUUAGUGUAUUUCCCUGGUGGAAACAUGUCUUGGCACAAGUACAACACGGUGAUAUUUUGAUGAGAGUGUUUGGUGAAUAAGUCUAGCAACGCUUUGUCCUCACCUCCCUCUGCCAUCAGAUCGUCUAAUAUGAGGAAUCCACCCUUCGGAAACCAUGACUU